UGUUGCCCUUAGCCAUUGAAACACAGGAAUUCUGAAAAAAUGCACAUGUACUCAAAGAAAUAGCAAUUCGAUCCGAUCGCACUUUAAAACGUAUCCUACAAUAAUAUAAAUAAAAACACAAAGAAAGAGAGAGAGAGUUACAGACUGCGAAGAUCGCCUUCUUCCUACGGACUGAGAUAUCCGCGAAAACGCCAACGCCCAUCCACCCUAUUUAUUUAUUUAUAUUUAUUUUUUAAACACCAAAACCCCAAAGCUUCAAUUCUCAUAAUCUGCCCAAUCAUGGACGUUGAUCCUCGUCAGUACGAACACAUUGAAGUCAAUGAUAAUGACAUCCACAACAUUGUUAUGUCAUAUCUUGUGCACAAUUGCUUUAAAGAAACCGUGGAAUCUUUUAUUGCUUGUACUGGGAUGAAGCAGCCUUCUGAUUAUCUUGAGGACAUGGAAAAAAGAAAAAGAAUUUUUCAAUUUGCUUUAGAGGGUAAUGCACUUAAGGCCAUUGAAUUGACUGAACAGCUGGCAACUAACUUAUUAGAGAAAAAUAAGGACCUGCAUUUUGAUCUUCUAAGCCUUCAUUUUGUCGAGCUCGUAUGCUCUAGAAAAUGCACAGAAGCUCUGGAAUUUGCACGGAUGAAGUUGUCCCCUUUUGGGAAGGAGCAAAAAUAUGUUGAAAAGCUUGAAGAUUUUAUGGCUUUGCUUGCAUAUGAGGAACCAGAGAAAUCUCCAAUGUUUCAUCUAAUUAGCUUGGAGCACCGGCGUCUUGUUGCAGAGAGUUUAAAUCGAGCAAUUCUUGCUCAUGCAAACCAUCCUAGCUAUACGGCAAUGGAAAGGCUGAUACAACAAACAACGUUAGUUAGACAAUGCUUAAACCAAGAGCAUGCUAAGGAUGGGCCUCCCCCAUUUUCUUUGAAGGACUUUCUGAAAAGCUGAAGAGGAAAAUUUGAAAGAAUUUCUGUGAGGGACAGUUAAGGCUGCUUAAAAUGUUGUUGCGAAUAUGGUUUUGUUACGCAUUUGCUGUAAGGUUUCAUCGUGGUUGACAAUAUAGUGAUUGCCUGCGACUCUGUAAAGGCUGUGACGCUGGUCCUUUGGGUGCGUCUAAAUGUUCAUGCACUUUUUGAAGUUUUCCUGAUUGCCUCUUUCCGUGAAUGGCCUUUCAAAGCAGUGAAUUUUGCAAUGGGGGAAAUGGGGUUAGCUGCCCCCAAUGAAAUCCAAAAACUCUUCUUAGUUAAAUUAUGUAACUAGUAGUACCACUUGAUUAAGAUAAAUUUUAAACUUUUUU